CAAACAAGUGGUGGGAGGACUUGUGUGGCAGCCUUCCUUGGGAUCAGAUUUCACAGCUGGUCGCUGACUAUAAAUGAGCACGACAGCUCCCUGCACGGGCAGAUCAAAAUAAACCUUAGACCGAACAGCACAAGUGAGAAGCGAGGACCUACUCUGAUAACCCCCGAACAGAAGAGUUUCUAACAGCCUGGUUUGAAUCCACACCGAGAACCCCAGACAGAAACCAUGGAGAUCCAAACUGGUCAGAUAGUCCGACCUCCGAGCCCCAUGGAGGACCUGGAGAAGCAGCUGAGCUGCCCAAUCUGCCUGGAAAUGUUCACCAAGCCGGUGGUCAUCCUGCCUUGCCAGCACAACUUGUGCCGUGGCUGUGCCAAUGACCUCUACGACUCCCGCAACCCCUACCACUACUCCGGGGGCAUCUUCCGCUGCCCAACCUGCCGCUUUGAGGUGGUGCUGGACCGGCACGGCGUCUACGGCCUGCAGAGGAAUCUGCUGGUGGAGAACAUCAUUGACAUCUAUAAGCAGCAGCUGGAGAGCAGCAGCAACAACCUUGAGCCACCACUGAAGCCAAAAGACACCAAGCAGUCCAUGUGUAAAGAGCACGAGGAUGAGAAGAUCAACAUCUACUGUAUCACCUGCCAAAUUCCUACAUGCUCCAUGUGCAAGGUGUUUGGCCAGCAUAAGGACUGUGAAGUCUCCACACUGGAUAGUGUCUACCAGGGGCAGAAGACAGAGCUCAGGAACUCCCUGGACAUGUUGGUGGCCGGGAACAGCAGUUUGCAGGCCACACUCAACCAGAUGGAUGACAAUUGCAAGAUCAUCCAGGAGAAUGCGGAGCUGCAGAAGAGGCAUCUUGGGGAGCAGUUUGAUCUGCUGUAUGCCACCAUGGAGGAACGCAAGGGUCAGCUGCUGGACAGCAUCACACAGGAGCAGGACGAGAAGGUGGCCGUGCUGCGGUCGCUGGUGGAGCAGUACAAGGGGCAGCUGGAGGCCAGCACCAGGCUGAUGGACACCGCCUCCCAGAGCAUGAACAACACCAACGUGCCGGAGUUCUUGGUCUCUGUGAAGACGCUGAUCACUGAUGCUAAAGAUACAGCCAAGCGAUCCCUCCUGGAAAGGCCCGAACCUGGCUUUGAGAAGAUGGACCAUUUCACGUUGUUCACUGAAGAUGUUGAAGUAAUCCUUGCACAAAUGGACUUUGGAAUUGAUGAGGAAGAGUUUGAGGAGUGUGAAGAAAAUGAAGAGGAGGAGGAGGAGGAGGAGGAGGAGGAGGAGGAAGAAGAGGAAUGAGAAAAAAAUCUUUGUUUGAGACAAAGACUUGAAUUACCGUUUUAGGAAAAGUUUAAAUACACACACACACACAUGCACACAGAGAGACACUAAUAUAUACACUCACACACAUUAUACCAUCCAAGCUGCUUUCAGACAACGGAAUAAUGACAUUUGGGAGGCAAAAGACUGGAGAAUUCAAAUGUGCAAUCUUAACAAAGCAGUUUUUACACAAACAAAACAUGUUUUUGUACUAACUUUGAAAUUUUAUACUUUUGUAUUUAUGUGAUAUGUAUAUUUAUAUUGAACAAUUUUUAUUUAUAUCUUCAGUGUCUUCAGAAGAUGAUAAUGUUUAGUAAGUAGAUGAUGAUGUUUACACUUGAAUAAAUUAACUUUGUAUUGUUUGAUUAGAUAAAGUCUAGUCCAAACGUGUCAGAUCUAGUUAAAUAUGAUCACUUUUAGAUGUCUGAUAGUCUGUCAAUUUGUUUGAAUACUUGAAAUAAUACAGAAUGCACCUGAUUGUUUAAAGUAAUUAAAAUGUUUUUCUUCAUUGGAAAAUUCAGUGAAAAUAAAAGAUGAAAGAAACAAA